GUCCUUAUCAAAUUCUUGGAGGUGAUCCUGGUGCAGUCAGACACUCGGCGGAGAUCGCGCGGCGCGGGGGGGGCGGGACGGGCACCGCGGCGGCCGGAUCGGAGGGAAGGCGGCGAGAGGGAAGGGAACCGGGCAGCUCCUCGCCUUCUCCUCCCGGCGCCCUCAUGCCCCGGCCGUGCCCCGGCGCCUUCCCCCGGCCGCAGUAGCCAUGGCCGCGGUGGCCGUGCUCCGCAACGACUCGCUCCAGGCUUUCCUGCAGGACCGCACGCCCAGCGCCUCCCCGGACUUGGCCAAGCACUCGCCGCUGGCGCUGCUGGCCGCCACCUGUAGCCGGAUCGGACAGCCGGGCGCGGCGCCCUCGGAUUUCCUGCCGGUCUCCUACGACCCGACGCUGGGAUCCCCGUCCAGGAUCUUCCACCCGUGGAGCGGCGAGAUGCCGGCGCACUCCCCGGGGGCGCUGCCGCCGCCGCACCCCAGCCUGGGGCUGACCCCGCAGAAGAGCCACCUGCAGCCGUCCUUCGGGGGGGCGCACGAACUGCCCCUCACGCCCCCGGCCGACCCCUCCUACCCGUACGAGUUCUCGCCGGUGAAGGUGCUGCCCUCCUCCGUGGCCGCCCUGCCCUCGGGCUGCCCCCCCGCCUACGUCCCGUACGCCGCGCAGGCCGCGCUGCCGCCCGGCUACUCCAACCUGCUGCCGCCCCCCGCGCAGCCCUGCCGGCAGCUCUCGCCCAACCCGCCGCCCGAGGACAUUCCCUGGUGGAGCAUCCAGCAGGCGGGCGCGCCGGGCGGCUGCGGGCACCGCUUCCCCGCGGCGCUGCCGCGCAGCCUGGUGCUGGGACACUCGGACUUCGCGCAGUACCAGACGCAGAUCGCCGCCCUCCUGCAGACCAAGUCUCCCCUGGCGGCCACGGCCAGGAGGUGCCGCCGCUGCCGCUGCCCCAACUGCCAGGCGGCCGCGGGCAGCGCCCCGGAGGCGGAGCCGGGCAAGAAGAAGCAGCACGUCUGCCACAUCCCCGGCUGCGGCAAGGUCUACGGCAAGACCUCGCACCUGAAGGCGCACCUGCGCUGGCACACGGGCGAGCGGCCCUUCGUCUGCAACUGGCUCUUCUGCGGCAAGAGCUUCACCCGCUCCGACGAGCUGCAGCGGCACCUGCGGACUCACACGGGCGAGAAGCGCUUCGUCUGCCCCGAGUGCGGGAAGCGCUUCAUGCGCAGCGACCACCUGGCCAAGCACGUCAAGACCCACCAGAACAAGAAGCUCAAGGCGGCGGCGGAUGGCGUCAAGCGGGAGGACGGCCGCGAGCCGUGACCAACGGGCGCCCCGAGGGGGCACCGGGACUGGGGCUCGGUGGGCGCCAGGGGCCUCCGGCGCUUUCGAGGGAAAAGACUGCAGCUUUCUGUACAGGUUAUUUAAUAGUUCUGUUCCCAUACACGUGUUCCUCGGCCCCGUGCGGGGCUCCAGCAUGAGAUGUUUCU